GCCGCAGAUUGCUGGCGCUUGGUUGUGUUGUUUUCCAAACGGUCUUUAAAGCAACGGUUUUUUAACCCGUUUUGAUUGAAUCAAGUGAUUUUUUCUCUAGAAUACAGCGGUAAUUAAUGAGAAAUCUGUACCAAAUAUUGACGACAUACCAUUGCUUUGAGAAUGAAGACGAUGCGCCAGAAAACGCCCAUAAAGGUGCUACCGAGGCAGGCGCCACUACAAACCCGUGGAAAUUCUGGCAACAACUUGCCAAGCGAUCCUGUACAGGUAUACUGCCGCGUCCGUCCGUUGCCAUGCGAAUCCGAUCUGUCCUGUUUGCGGGUAACCGCUCACAAUACGGUCGUUUUGACGCCGCCUGAAAUUGCGAUCAAUUUCAAGAUAAGCACCCUGAAGGAAACGCAGUAUAUGUUUAAACAUGUUUUUGAAGCGUCCGAUACUCAGCAUGAGGUUUACUCCACAGUGGCUCAGCCUCUGGUGGAAGGAUUGAUUCGUGGCAAAAAUGGACUCCUGUUCACGUAUGGCGUAACCGGAAGUGGGAAAACUUACACAAUGACUGGCGAUAUUCAACACCGUGGAAUUAUGCCUCGAUGUUUGGAUGCGUUGUUUCGCACCAUUGCAGAUUACCAAGCGAAGAAAUUCAUCUUCAAACCUGACCGAUUGAAUGGGUUCGAUAUACUGUCCGAGGCGGAUGCGAUGCUAGAGCGACAAGCUGAGUUGCACUCGAGAAUGAAUCGGAUGAAGCGUAAGGACACGGAUCCGGAGAUAGCCUCCAAAGCGUCCGUUGAGCCAUCGGAACUAAGUGGGGUCGACGAGGACAAUAUAUAUUCGGUUUUCAUUACAUACGUCGAAGUGUACAACAACUGUGUGUAUGACUUGUUGGAGGAAAGUUCGGUUCACAGAACACUACAGAGCAAGAUGGUUCGCGAGGACGCAAACCACAACAUGUUUGUCCACGGAGUGACGGAGACCGAGGUAAAGACAAUGGAAGAAGCGCUGGAGGUUUUCCAGAUCGGACAGAAGCGAAAGCGUGUCGGUCAUACGAUUCUGAACGCGGAAUCGAGCCGGUCUCAUUCGGUUUUCACGAUCCGUCUGGUGCAGGCUCCAAUUGAUAAUCAUGGGGAGACAGUAGUUCAGGAUCGCAACGCAAUCAUCGUUAGCCAACUGUCGCUUGUCGAUUUGGCAGGCAGCGAGAGGACCAAUCGUACCGGAAACACCGGACAGAGACUACGCGAGGCUGGCAACAUCAACAACAGUUUGAUGACACUGAGAACGUGUCUGGAGAUACUGAGGGAAAAUCAAAUGACAGGAAACAAUAAGAAGGUUCCCUAUCGGGAAUCGAAGGUUACCCAUCUGUUUAAGAAUUAUUUCGACGGCGAAGGACAGGUGCGAAUGAUUGUUUGCGUCAAUCCAAGGGCGGAAGAUUACGACGAAACGGCACAGGUAAUGAAAUUUGCUGAGAUGACUCAAGACGUUCAAAUUGCUCGCCCGACACCCGUCAAGAUUGACGCCGGUUUGACACCAGGCCGACGCAAAGCGAAUCAACUGUUCAAAAUGGCAAUGAAUGAUAUCGAGAAGCGGCACAAGGAUGUGCCCAAGAUUGACGUCGAUUUGGGGUUGGUUUACAGCUUGGGACCGAAUUUCCCUGAAAUGAAGAUCGAUGACCCGGAAUCGAACGAAAUUAUCCAAAAGCUCAUCAAAUUGCUCGAGAUGAGAAUCGGUAAACGAAAGUCUCUGUGUGAGGAUUUCGAUGCCCGUCUGGAUCGGUUCCGGAUGAACAUGCUCAGGAUUGAGAAGGAAAAUGCGGCAUUCAAAGCGGAGAAUACCUCGAUUAAGGGGGUUCUGAGUCAAAGUCGUCAGAAGAUUAAAGCUAUGGAAAAUAAAAUCGUUAUCUACGAGAGUUCCAUCGAUGAUCUGAACCGACGGAAUCGAACAUUGGAAGAGCGCGUGCGAGAUCUCCAAACUCAACUCAAUCAGAAAACACAACAACUGAAUCAAAAAGAGAUGGAAAAGGAACGACAACGAAAAAAAUACAAUUCGAAGAUCGCAGUUGAGUCGGAGAAAAUGAGCAGAGAGCUGGAGCUAAAAUUGCAACAACAGAAGAACAAGCUUCAGGAAGAAAUGCGCGAUAAGGAUGAGCGGCUGCGACUUGUUUCGGAGAUUAUUAAGGGUGAGACCCCCGUGAAAAAGGUAGCUCGAUCGAACAGUGUGGAUGAGUUGGCUACACCUGUUUCCAGCCAGACAUCCGCGCCUCCGGCCAACGGAGUUCUGUAUACGCCACGUGCUGCAAGGGGUAUUGCAGUGGCAAAUCCACGUCACCGUCGGUCGCGUUCCACUGGUGAACGGUGGCUUGAGCAUCGAGCCCCGAAUCCCGUCCCCUUGGGGACCAUUUUCCAGCCUUACUACGUAAGUCGCAAAUCUGUCACAAAACUGAACGAUGCUCGAGAUGUGACCAACGCCAAAGCAUCCAAAUAUUGUCUAAUAUCACAAGAUGCCGACACUGACGGAGAUGUAGAAACGAAAAUCUUCAAAGGAGAUGUCGUCCCGACCAGUGGAGGUGGUGCCCAGGUUAUUUUCAACGACGUCGAAUUCUUGAAGCAACAUUCUCCCACGAAAUCGCCAAUCAGUAAGAAGCGACCGAGCAGUCAUUUGGCAAACUCCUCGAUAAAUACACCCGUAGUAAUCGAUGUUCAAGGAACGGGCUCCAAGGGUAGUGCGGCUACCGAAGCACAGAAUCGUAGCGAAGGGAAGAAACCGAGACUUUAACUCAUUCGAAUCGUAUUUAUUUGAGGGAAAUAUGUAAAUAAUAUUCGUUUGGUAAGAUAUAGUAUUAUCAGAGGGAAGCAAUUAAUGCACCAUUCCGUUCGAACAGUACUUAUUAAAAGAUAAAUAUGUUAAUAA